AUGAAGCGCACGGUGCCGCGCAGCACCCUGAAGCGCGUGGUGAAGAAGCACAAGCCCCAUCUCCGCCUCGGCGCCAACACCGACCUCCUGGUACAUUUGAACUUCUUACUGUUUCUGCAUCGAUUAGCUGAAGAAGCCAGGACCAAAGCUAUUUCAGAGAAAAGCAAAACCAUUAAGUAUGAACAUGUUUUCUCUUCAGCAAAGAUAAUUUUAAAGAAGAGCCGAGGCUAAAGUCAAGAAUCAUUGUUUCAACCCUGGCUUAUUUUGUGAAUUGUGUUAAGUUUUCAAAGGAUCUUCUAUGUGCUGAAGUUCACAUGUCUGAAUUUUGUAUAUCUGUGCUCUCACAUUAGAUAAUUUUCAGGAAUGGUUAUACUACACAAGUUAUUACAUAUUCUUUGAAUAAAGUAAUGUAAUAGGGCUGAUGUACAUGAUUAAUACCAGUGAUUGAAAUGCAAAUUUUAAAAUUAAUUACAAAUGCUAUCUCUUUUGAUAAUAAUUAUGUAAGGUAUCUUCUGUGAAAGUUGCUAUA